AUGUUUCAGGAUGCUAGCCAGUCCUUUGAUCCUCGCUCCAUCGAGGAUCCACGGCUUCAGCCCUGGCGCCAGUGGUGGCCGUACAGGCCUCACAACGGAGAUAAGACAAACAACCCGGUGCUUGUAGACACUGCAGGUAAAGCGCCGUGGAUCAAUUGGGAAUUUAACAACGAACGACCUUGGGAGAAACCGUGGAUCGACUGGCCGCUCAGAUGGUCGCCAAAGUACUAUGGCCAUUCACAUGUGGAGCCAGAGGUGUACCACGACCCAGACUUUAUAGCGGAGUGUGUGCAGCAGCAAAUGCAUCAUCCGAUUUCUGUCUUUGAUCCUCCCCGGACCACCUCAUUCGUCCAAUUCUUUAGCGAAAAGCUAGGCCAUGCAGGGGAGAAGCCAUAUGCUCUCCGCGUUCCAGUAUCUGGAGCGAGCCAGCUGCAGUCUAAUUUUGAGGGAGCCUGGUCGCAGAUUAUGCUGACAGAUGCUCGGGGUCAUGAAGACAUGUUUUCGCUUGACGAAGACGGGUUCGCUUGGCUAAAUCACACCUGUCAAACCAACGUCCUUGACCAGUCCUUCGAUGUCCAUUCAUACAUGAGAGAGAUGUCGGACUUUUUGUGCCAGCAUUUCAAUGCUCAAGAGAUCUUUAUUUACGAUUAUGUCCGACGGAGCCCAGAUCCAGCAGACAGAAUGAUUGGCUUUAGUGACAUCACUCGAAGAAUCCAUUGUGGCAAGUUCUUCCUGGCUCUGAAGUUAAAUUUCAUAGCCAUUUAUUUCUAA